AUGUGGUAUAUUACCUGUGGAAAUUUUUCAGCUGGAAAGAAAAAAAGCAUUCCUGUGCCUGUAAGUAAAGAUCCUUGUGGACCAAAUUGUUAUCAUAAUAUAUUGUCAACAUCUAAUGAAGGAAAAGGAAAAGAAUUGGCAUUUGAUUCAUCCGAGUGGAGUGCUCAAGAUAUUAUUUUGUACAAUAAAGCUCGUGAAUUGUUUGGCAGUGAUAACCAUUGCUUUAUAGCAAAAACAAUCAAAUCUAAAAGCUGCCAACAGUUUGAACCAGAUAGACGUGCAAUUAAUAUUACCAUAAAUUCUUCUGGAACAGAAUUGUCAAAAAAUGAUCGAGUUAAAUUAUUCCCAAAUUUUGAAAAAUUACAUCCUGUUGGUCAUGAGACUUGGAAAAGCUGA